UGUCGUUUUUUUUUCUUUUCGUGAGCUGGUGCAGCGUGCAUCCAUUCAUCCAUCUAUCCGGCGCUCGUUCGCUCGCUCGCUCGCCUCCAACGCUCAACCUUUUCCGUCAUCCAGCUAUGGCGACGGUGCUCCAACAGCCGCUCACUCUGGAUCGAGAUGUCGCCAGGGCCAUCGAACUGCUGGAGAAGCUGCAGGAGUCGGGCGACGUUCCAGCUUACAAGCUGCAGUCGCUGAAGAAGGUCCUCCAGAGCGAGUUCUGCACGGCCAUCCGCGAAGUGUACCAGUACAUGCAUGAAACCAUCACCGUCAACGGCUGCCCGGAGUACCAGGCCAGAGCCACGGCCAAGGCCACGGUGGCCGCCUUCGCCGCCAGCGAGGGCCACUCGCACCCGCGGGUGGUGGAGCUUCCCAAGACGGAGGAAGGGCUGGGCUUCAACGUGAUGGGCGGCAAGGAGCAGAACUCGCCCAUCUACAUCUCGCGCAUCAUUCCCGGCGGGGUGGCCGAGCGCCACGGCGGCCUCAAAAGAGGUGACCAGCUCCUGUCCGUCAACGGCGUGAGCGUGGAGGGCGAGCACCACGAGAAGGCGGUGGAGCUGCUGAAGGCGGCCAAGGACAACGUCAAGCUGGUGGUGCGCUACACGCCCAAAGUGCUGGAGGAGAUGGAAGCGCGCUUCGAGAAGCUGCGCACCGCCCGCCGCCGCCAGCAGCAGCAGAUGCUCAUGCAGCAGCAGCAGCACAACACGUCCGCUCAGCAGAAUCACACUUCGUAGAAGAAGACAAAAUAAGUAGGCCCAUGCCACGUCCGCCGGACCUCUUGGAGGUGCCGAGCGAUCCCAAGUUCUCGGAGUGAGGUGGACCGUCCCGUCAAUCCCGGCGUUUGUUCCCGAGCUGAAAAACGAAGCAAGUAUUUUGUCGCACAUUCGGUGCUUGGGAAAAGAAAAGAACUUUUACCUUUUGUCUUCUCCUUGUUGUCUUUCUUUCGACUGACCCAUUUCUCCAUCACGCCUCACGAGAAUUGUUUUUGAGGCAAACUUUUUUUUUUUAUGGUAGCAAAAAUAUUCUGUAGCGUUAGCAAUAAACAGCCAAGCAAGUGUCAAUGAAAUUAAUUCUUUGGAUUAUGAAUUAUUACUCAUCGAUAAAUAUGGAUCAAUAAUAGGAGCAAACCUGGAAAGGUUUUUUCCUCAACAAAGGAUUUCAUCUUAAAACACUUCCCUUCCCUUUGUGCAAUAAUUCUCUUCGACGAGGCGAAUGUCACACGAGAUUGAUCGUUAAUUGUCAUAGUUAUAUUUAUGAAGAGAGUUUUAUUGUUCCCUUUGUGUAUUGACAUAUAUGGAAGAUCGUUACAUUGUGCAGAUGAUGUGGCUGUUGAUAUUAUGACAAUCAUUGCUGGUAAAAAUGUGGAAUGUUUUUCCUUGGAUACAAUAAUCCAGUGUUCCUUGUUUAAACAAUUCAUUUUGUGAGUAUGUUUUAUUUCCCCUUGUCUUCUGGCCAUCCCAAACCGACCAAAAAACAUAAGAAUCGAUACUUUAUUCCCACAUUUUGUAAUAUUCGUAAAAUUUGUACAAGUCAUAUGAUAACAAUAAUAAACAUAAUACAUUUUUUUGGGGGGGAGGGGCUCACAUUGCAUUGUUUUCUAUAUUGAAAUCAUUAAAACAUAAGACGUUGUUGAUAUGCAAUUGCUAUAUUUGUAUAAAUAAAUCUAUGUGCUUGUGUACAGUGAACACAA